AUGGUGACGGCGAAUGUCAACGUACUUGACACCCACAGACAACCUGUCGACUGUCGAGUGCUACUGGACACCGGAUCCACCACCAAUUUCAUCAAGGAGAGUUUAGCCAUCGCCCUCAAUCUUCCGCUUCAACCAUUCGCUGUAUCCAUUGGAGCGUUGAAUGACGCAAAUACCACCACCAGGUAUUUAGUCACCGCCACAAUUCGAUCACGGACAACUGAGUAUGAAAGGACACUCAACUUCUUGACGAUCCCCAACAUCACUCAGGCUGUACCUGAUCAACCAAUUGAUCGUAGCGCCAUCAGGAUUCCCACCAACAUCAAGCUUGCUGAUCCUGACUUCCAUCAUCCAGCAUCAGUGGACAUGCUCCUUGGAUCUGGACCUACAUUAUCGCUUCUCUGCAAAGGCAAGGAAAAGCUCACACCAGCAGAUCAACCGGAGUUGUAUCUUCAACAGACUUUGCUCGGUUGGGUAAUCGGAGGGAGCGCACCAACAAUGCAGACAAUACGUCGACGCGUAUGCAACGUUAUCGGCACCUCCAGCAUUGACUUCGAUCUCUCCAAGUUUUGGGCGAUCGAAGAAGUUGACACCACUUCAUCUUCAACCAGUACUGAGUCGGAUUGCGAACGACACUUUCUGGAGAAUAUCAAACGCAACAACACUGGUAGAUAUGUUGUUGCUUUACCAUUCAACGGGAAGGAAUCUCUGAUCGGCGAGUCGCGAUCACGAGCUUUCCGCCGUCUCAAAUCUCUGGAACGAAGACUGGAUGGCAACGCAGACCUCAACACGCAAUAUCGUGCAGUGAUUCAAGAGUAUUUAGAUCUUGGUCAUCUCACAGAAGUGACCGGAGCAGACCUAUCCAACUUGGGAUAUUAUCUGCCACAUCACGCUGUGAUUAAGGAGAGCAGUUUGACGACGAAGGUCCGUGUUGUCUUCGAUGGAUCAGCGAAGACCAGCACCGGGAUAUCUCUCAACGAGACCUUACAUGUCGGGCCUACCAUUCAGGACGACAUAUUUUCUCUUCUUCUACGUUUCCGUCUUUACCCAUACGUACUCACAGGGGACAUCGAGAAAAUGUAUAGACAAGUUCUCGUACGCCCUGAAGACAGGAAAUUCCAGCGAAUAUUAUGGCGUGACGGGAAGGAACCAGUAAGAACAUUCGAGCUGAAUACAGUGACGUUCGGACUCUCUGCAGCCCCAUAUCUUGCGAUUAGAUGUCUUCAUCAACUGGCGAAAGAUGAUGGCCAUCUACAUCCAGAAGCUGCACGAGUGCUUCAACGUGACCUGUAUGUCGACGAUCUACUUACUGGAACACAGACUCGGGAAGAAGCUAUUCAUCUGCGAGAAGAAUUGGACAAGUUGGUGAAUCUCGGAGGAUUCAACCUGAGACAAUGGGCUUCCAACGACCCAUCCAUUUUGAACGAUUUGACACCAGAGAGUAUCAACCACAAUCUUCAAAUUGGCGAUACUGCAACGUUGAAAACUCUAGGCGUACUCUGGAACUCAACAGCUGACAGCAUCACCUACACUGCCAAAUUAUCGUUGAGCGCUGCUAUCACUAAACGGACAGUUUUAUCUGAGACUGCGAAGAUUUUCGAUCCCCUUGGUCUUCUCUCACCAGUGGUCGUCAUGGCAAAAAUGAUCAUGCAAAAACUUUGGACCCUGAAGACAGGCUGGGAUACUCCACUCCCAUCUGAGAUCCAGGAAGAGUGGCUCCAGUUUUAUGGACAGCUCCAGCAGAUCAACAUGGUGACAUUUCCACGAUUCGUUCUCCAAGAAAAAUAUACAGACAUUCAACUCCACGGAUUCAGUGAUGCCAGUCAGGAUGCCUACGGAGCUUGUGUGUAUCUCCGUUCGACUGGAAUUAACGGGGAGAUCAAAACCACACUCCUAUGUGCCAAGUCUCGUGUUGCUCCACUCAAGAAGCUUACGAUUCCAAGGCUUGAACUCUGUGGAGCCCAACUCUUGAUUAAGCUCAUCCAAGGAAUCAAGAAAGCUAUCAACCUUCACAUCGAUCGCACCAUCUACUGGACAGACUCUACCAUUGUGCUCCAUUGGAUCCACACACCUGCACAUCAGCUCCAGACCUUCGUCUCCAAUCGAGUAGCAGAUAUCCAAUCCAAAUCUGAACAAGACGAUUGGAGACACGUGAGAACUCAGGACAAUCCAGCGGACUUGGUCUCUCGCGGACAGCUCAUCAAGGACUUCAUUAUCUCCAAGAUCUGGUUUGAAGGCCCUGCCUGGCUCCAAGCAGAAGAGGACAAUUGGCCAGUUCUCGAUCUUCAAUUCUCCUCUCCUCCAACUGAGAUCAAGAGCAGGUUUUGUCAUGUAGCUCAUGGUGAACCAGGAAGGCAUCCUCUGGAACAGUAUUCCUCAUUUGUUCAAUUGAAACGCGUGAUCGCUUUUUGUCUACGUUUCAGGAGUCACAAGCAGGGCCCAAUCACAGCAGACGAGCUCGCAACAGCUGAGCAGGGUAUCAUCCACUGGCUGCAAACCGAGACAUUUGGCCCUCUCAGACGCGCUCUUCAAGGUACUGGAAAUCAGCAAACCAAGAACCAGGAGUUGGCCGCGGUGGCCAAGCUACAUCCAUUCCUGGACAAGGAUGGCCUCAUCAGGGUAGGAGGUAGACUGCAAAACGCCAUGAUCCCGUACUCGCAGAAACAUCCUCUUAUCUUGCCCAAGUCUCAUCCGUUAACGAGACUCAUCAUCAGGGAAGCCCAUACGUCUCAGCUACAUACAGGUCCUCAAGCAACAUUGUACCACCUCAGACAGAAAUAUUGGCCACUGGAUGGUCGGAACUCUGUACGUCGCGAGAUCCAAAGAUGCAUCCGAUGUACCAGAAUGAAUCCACCGUCGGUCAACUACAUCAUGGGAAACUUGCCAGCCGCUCGAGUGAGGGAAUCUCGUCCAUUUUCAAACGUAGGCAUUGAUUAUUGCGGUCCUUUUUUUAUCAAAGAGAAGAAGUUCCGCAAUCGAGGUCGUGUCAAGGUCUACGUUGCCAUCUUCACCUGUCUAGCAGUGAAGGCUGUUCAUUUGGAGGUGGUCAGUGAUCUCACCACUGAAGCAUUUCUGGCAUCACUACGAAGAUUCAUCGCUAGGCGCGGAUACUGUAAAAACAUCUAUUCGGACAACGGUACGAACUUCGUCGGGGCCAACAAUCAGCUGAAAGAAAUCUACCAAUUUCUUCAGUCGAAAGAUCACCAGGAGACUCUCCAAUCAGAAUUGACCAGACAGCAGAUCCAAUGGCAUUUCAUCCCUCCCUUGUCACCCCACUUUGGUGGUCUAUGGGAAGCUGCGGUGAAAUCCUUUAAGCACCACCUGUACCGCAUCAUCACCAAUGAGCUUCUAACCUUCGAGGAGUUCAACACCUUGGUCAUCGAAAUCGAAGCAGUGCUGAACUCCCGACCUCUUACUCCGAUGUCUGCUGACCCCAACGAUCUGUUGGUCUUAACUCCUGGUCAUUUCCUGAUUGGAGAGCCCCUCACAACCUCAAGGGAACGUGACUUCACCGACACUCCUAGCAACCGAUUGUCCACGUGGGAACAUAUUCAGAAAUUGAAGCAACACUUCUGGACUCGCUGGCAUCGGGAGUAUAUAAGCGAUCUCAACCUGAGGUCCAAAUGGAGUCAAGGGGAGCACCACAUCAAGGAAGGCACAGUGGUUUUGCUGAAAGAAGACCACGUACCCGCACUCCAGUGGGCCUUAGGACGUGUCGUCAAGGUGCGACCUGGAGCAGAUGGCAUUAUCCGGACAGUCACCGUCAAAACAGCCAAGGGGCUCUUUGACCGCAACGUCAAGAAGCUGGCCCCUCUACCAAUUACCAGCGCGGACACUGACGAACAUAACUAA